CAGAGAAAGGUAGUGCUGAAAAAGAGAGAGAGAACUGGGAAACAAAGCAAAUUAUCAAUAUGGUUUCUAGGGAGCACAAGAGAGCAAAAGUUCUGCAUGAGAAGCUGCAACUGCUUCGUUCCAUUACUAACUCUCAUGCUCUGAACGAAACAUCAAUCAUAGUUGAUGCAUCAAAGUACAUUGAAGAGCUAAAAAAGAAAGUGGAAAGACUGAAUCAAGAUGUAGCAGAUGCACAAACUUCUGACAAAAAUUCCUUGCCUAUGCAGGUUACAGUAGAAACCCUAAAGAAGGGCUUCCUGAUUAAUGUAUUUUCAGCGAAAAGCUGCCCGGGGUUGCUUGUGUCGAUACUUGAAGCCUUUGAGGAGCUAAAUCUUAAUGUGCUGGAAGCUAGGGUUUCUUGUACUGACAGUUUCAGACUAAAAGCAGUUGGAGGAGAAAAUGAAGAAGAGGGUGAAGCUAUUGAUGCUAAAGUGGUGAAACAAGUUGUCUUGGAGGCAAUUAAGCAUUGGAGUGAAAAAGACUGAGUAAUUGGACAGACUGCCGUUUCGAUUAUCUUUCUUGUUAUAUGUUCCGUUUUUUUCUUCUUUUUUUUUUUUAAGGAAAAAAAGAAUAUAUGUGGGUGUGGGUUGUUCAUCAUUGAAUAAAUGUGGUAAAAUAAAUUUGAAUAUUGAAG